AGGCGGGUUAUCGCAAUGGUCUACGGUUCGGAUCUGGAGGCUCAAGAUUUCGAGGGCAGUCCGGCAACAGCGCGCUACAACAUCAACUCCUGGGUGGCACGGAACACGAAGAACCGCAUCGAGAACAUCAUCUCCAGCGAUAUUCCGCAGAGCACCAGGAUGAUUCUGGCCAACGCGCUGUACUUUAAGGCCUUCUGGGAGACGGACUUUAUCGAAUCGGCCACCCGGCCAGAUAACUUCUAUCCGAACGGCGAGGGAACUGAGCCAGUGGUGAGGGUCCAGAUGAUGGCCACGGGAGGAUCGUAUCCCUACCACGAGGAUCACGAGCUUGGCUGCAAGAUCAUUGGGUUGCCCUACCGGGGAAACCUGAGCACCAUGUAUAUCAUCCAGCCCUUUAAGUCGUCGGUGGUCGAACUUAUGACACUACAGAAGCGUUUGACACCGGAGAAGGUGGAGGAUUUGAUCAGCAGGAUGUACAGACGGCAGGCACUGGUGGCGUUCCCGAAGAUGCAUCUCACCGAGUCUGUGAAUCUGAAGACAGUCAUGCAGAAAAUGGGUCUGGGCGGCAUCUUCAGCACCGUGCAGAAUGAUCUCUCCCUGAUCGCCACAAGCGAGGUCUCCAGGACGAGUUCGCUAGGCGGAAAUAGCCUGCAGAACCUGGAGGCCCAGCGAAGAGCCGGAGCGGGAGGGGCUCAAUCCGAUUUGGUUGUGGACGACAUCGUCCACAAAGCAGGGAACGGAGGCGGCGGCGUCUACAUGCGCCACGAUCCCACCAAACUGGUACUGUUCUACGGCUUUUAA